AUGUCUGUAGCUCCAGUAUAUACUUCGUCCUCGAAGGACUUUCGUUCCGAUACUUUUACCAUUCCUACACCUGAAAUUUGGAAAACGGUGGCAGCGGCAUCUGUAGGCGACACCAUCUACGAAGAAGACAGGGAUACCUAUUUGCUCGAAGCGAGGGUGGCAACUGAGCUACUGGGUGGCCGUGUGUUUGGUAAUGAAGAGUCCAGAGGAUUAUUUUGUAUGUCAACGACAAUGUCCAAUCAGCUCGCCAUUCGAGCUCAUCUCAAUUUCGCUCCCCCAUACAGCGUCCUGUGCGAUGAUAGAGCACAUGUGUACGUUGACGAAUGUGCUGGCAUAGCAGUUCUUUCUCAAGCUCUGGUUGUGCCCGUUAAAGCCUCCAACGACCGUUUUUUAACACUGGAAGAUAUUCAGCAAAAAUACGUUCCUGACAUCGACGACAUUCAUUUAGCUCCCACCAGACUGAUUUGUUUGGAGAAUACGUUGCAUGGCAUGAGUUUCCCAUAUGAUGAGCUCAAACGCAUCAGUGAGUGGUGUCAUGCAGAAGGAAUCAAGUUGCAUCUGGACGGAGCACGAAUUUGGAAUGCUGCUUGUGCAUCCAGCGACACUGAACCGGAAACUUACCUUAAAGAUAUCUCAAAAUUGGUGGAUUCUGUGUCUCUUUGCUUUUCUAAAUCUAUUGGGGCACCUAUAGGCUCGAUGCUUGUUGGUGGCAUUGCGUUCAGAAAAAGAGCACGUCAUUUACAAAAACAGCAGGGUGGUGGGAUAAGACAAGCAGGGUUCAUAUCUCGCAUAGCCAACCAUUGCCUGGAUACCAACUUCCCGGAAACCAUAAAGACUGUCUCUAAAACAACUAAAGAGUUUUGGAACGACUUGCACAGCUCGAUAAAGACAAACUAUGGCAUAGAGCUUCAUCUAGCCCAUCCUGUUGAAACCAACUUCAUAUUCCUUGACUUGGUCAAGUCCGGCAUCAAUCUCGAAAAGCUUUUGGAAGUUGGAGAGGCAAAUGACGUAAAACUGUUUGAUGGCAGGCUUGCAUUUCAUUAUCAAAACAUUAGCCCGGAAUGCUUGAAUGCGUUGAAGAAAACCUUUAUUGACAUCGCAAUCUACUACCAAAAACACGAAUAUAAACCAGAGGAGAGAUCUGCAAGAAUAUAUUAG